CCAUCCGGUGGCAAUACGCCGCAACGAGCUUUGCCGCCUAUCGUUUUCUGUUUUCGGUUUACUGGAAUAUCGAUGUAACCUAACAUAAUUAUGAUCCUUUAAAGAAACUUACUUGUCACUGCAGAAUGGCACAUUUACUGGCCGGAUUGAAAUUGAAGGAGAUAGUAAAAAUAUCGAUUAGAUACAAGCACGGACCGAAUCAUUGGUCUGUGUUAAAGAAAAAGAAAACUGCUAAAGAUAAAGCAUUGGAUCAUUUCGAUGAGUAUUAUGGCUCAGUUUAUGGGGAAUCAUGGGAAGGCAUACGAGCCGCUUUAUUAGAUGAGAAAACUAAAUAUAUGGCAGUGGUUAAUAAUUUUAGUGAUGUACAAAGAAUACAAACAGAGUUACAAUUAUUAGGUGCAAUACACUUAAAAUCGUUGUACAAUGUUUUUAAAGAAGAUGAAAAGAAUUACCAAAACUCUGAACCUACUCUAUCACAGGAUAUAGAAAAUCCAAUGGAUGAUAUUAUAAAAAACCUUCAAUUAUCAGAAUUAGAAUCCUUUUAUCCUAAUGAUCAUGUUCUCUCGCAAACAUCAUUAACAUCAGAGGAAGAUGAAGAAGAUAACAAGUCGUUGAUCGAAACAAAUAAGCCAUUACAACCUGUAGAAUUACAGUCUAUAGAAAAAAGUUUAAAUGAAAUUGAAAUUGAUAAUGAUCGUCUUAUUCAAUCAUCUUCAGACCAGUCUAUGCUUUAUGAAUAUGUGCCUGCUACAAAAUUAAAGGGUUUGAAUGAUUAUGUGCUAGAAUCUGAUUAUUAUAAUUUUUAUAACAAAGGAGCUGACUUCAAGAUAAAUAUUGUUGAAGAAUCUACUUUACCAUUUCCAGAACACUUACAUGUAUAUACUUUUGAAGAUAAUAAUUAUACCAGAUUCCCAUCUCCUAAAUUGGGGUCCACUGGUGUUUUAGAUUAUUAUUUGUUUGAUGGUGGAUCAAUAUUACCCGUUUUAGCUCUUGACAUUAAAUUAGGUGAUGUUGUGCUCGAUAUGUGUGCUGCACCAGGUGGUAAAGCUUUAGCUAUUUUACAAACUCUUAUGCCACGUGUACUGGUUGCUAAUGAUGUUAUGGAAUCUAGAGUAAACAAAUUAAAUAACGUUGUGAGACAAUAUAUGUUGAAUGCUUCCAAGUUAGGAAAUAUGUUAUAUGUAACAGAAAAUGAUGCUCGAUAUAUUGAUGACACAAAUGUGUUUAACAAAAUUCUAGUUGAUGUACCUUGUACAACGGAUAGACACAUGGUACAUUCUGUCGAAAAUAAUAUGUUUAAACCUACUAGACUCAAGGAAAGGAUAAAUCUUCCAAACGUCCAAUCUAGUAUUUUAAUGAAUGCACUAAAACUAGUGAAAGUUGGAGGUACUGUUGUUUAUGCAACAUGUUCUCUUAGUCCUAUUCAAAAUGAUGGCGUUGUGCAAGUAGCAUUGAAAAACGUCUGGGAGGAAACUACAUCUGUUAUGGUUGUGAAAGAUAUGUCAAAAGCUUUAUCACCUUUAAAAUGUUUAUACCAGUUUGCAAAUAUAGGACUGAAGUAUGGUCAUAUUGUUGUUCCUACGCAUGAAAACAAUUGGGGACCUAUGUAUUUUUGUAAAAUCGAAAGGAUACAAUAAACGUGAGUAAUUUUAUAAUAUACGAAAAUAUGUGUGUAUAAAAUGUACAUACUAUUGUAAUCGUAUAAUUAAUGUUAUAAAAAUUUAAUAUACUAUCAUUUAACGUAAUAUUAGUGAAAUU